AUGGCUCAGACGGCAUCCUCGGUGGGCGCAUUACGCGCUCUAUCAUACCGCAUAUCUUCCACCCCCACCAAGGAACUUCCCCAAAUUGCCCCUCAAAUUGCCAGUGGCAUCUGGAACUGUAGAGGUCUGCUUUCUGCAUCGACAGACUCCAAGCAAAACAGCGAGGCAUCGAUUCUGACCCACAAAUUCAAAACUCAACUCAACACUCUCCUCUCCGAUCGGACGGUGGAAGGAAGGUGGACGGCAGUCGUUCUCACCAAAGCCACCAUCGAAGCGGGAGGGGUGGAAGUUUUGAGCAAAUGCAAUGUCUGGGUCAAAAGCUUGCUGGGAAUCCUCAAGAAACCAGAUCCGCCGACGACGCGAUGCUUGGUCGUCCUGACUCUCACUCGCAUCUUCAUGCUGACAUGGGACUACUCCAACCUCAUUCGAGAAAUCACCACGCCCGCAUUAAAGGCCUUCAUCCCGACUUGUCUGGCCAAUAUUGAAAACAAACGAUGCUCCACCGGCGAGCUUCAAACUGUCCUGGAAGCAUUCGCUGUACUGUUGCCAAAACAUCCAACGCUCUUCCGAGAGAAUGAUGUCAAGUUGCGAGCCGUGUUGGCUCUCAUCGUCUCCUCUACGUCCACUCCGACGGGGAGUGGCAGCCACUACAGCACACAGCACAAGCAAGCGGCCAAUCGUCUAUGGGUUCUCAUUGCUAGCUGCACUCCCAAGCAGGGUGCGGGUGGGAAAUGGGACGAAACAAUCAGUGCGACCAUCAAGGCUACGCACUCAACCUGCGACCGUGUCUUCCGUUCGAUCGUGGAGGACUGGCAGUCAACUACCGGCGUACAACCUUCAGUGCCUUUGCACCAGCGGAAUAAUGGCCAAGUCGAGAUGGAGAGCGACGAUGUGGCAGGUCUGAGACCCUGGAAAGGAGUGUAUGCUGGAGGGAACAGGAUCAUCUCUCUGCUCGACAUCGUGACUUCCCAUCUGGAAACAGCGACUCCUGUCAAUGUCAACGUCAGAGUCGGCGUAAUCACAGACCUGCUCUCGAGGUUGUUCGGAAACGUUCUGCCUCAAUCAGGAAAGCCGGACUUUGUCAAACCCAACAAUCACAUUUCCAAGGACGAACGAGAGGCCAUGUUUGCAGUCUUGCCAAGAGUUCACAUCGCCGCGAUGAGGACUUUGAGUGCUCUCGUUGAACGUCUAGACUUGCACGCUGUGGGCUGGGCACAAGGUUUAAUUGAUGACUUGUUGCGAGUUUUUCACGCAGAGCGCUCUCAGCCUGAAGUUCGGAGCGCCAUCUACCGUAUCUUGAACAACAUCAUCGACCUUGUUGGUCCUUCUUCAUCCAAAACAGAAGCAUCAGAGCUUGGAGCAGUGCUCAAGGCCUGCUGUCAAGACAUACUCCCCGACGAUGAUAUCGCCUCCGCACCUGCCACUAACGGAACCCAAGCUGGCAUCAAACAGCAACUUGGUCUUGCAAGCGCACAAUCUUUCCAAACACACCCAACGACCUUCCCAGAACUCCAAUUAGUAGCCCGACAGUUAUUGGUCACUGCUACAACCCGGCUGGACUCCACCUGCAUCCUGCCUAAAAUCCGCGCACAGAUUGAUCGCACAGCAGUGCUGACACAAGACAAAGAUCUUCUAUUAGCAAGCGUCUUGAAUCCCACCAAGAAACCCAACAGCGCACGUGUGCAGGCGAGCUUACUUCCAAUGCUUGCAAGAAUUCAGKGUCAAGCACCAGAGACCGAAGCACUCCUUCGACCGAGACUUCCUCCAAUUCGUAGUAUCAGUAAAGUCGACCAUGACGAAGACGAAAUGGAAAGAUCUGAAGAUGAAGCCGAUGAGGACGACGACGACGACGAUGCCAUGGAAGAAGACAUCGAAGAACAAGACUCAGAACCCACCUCUGGACUCCUCACCGCUUUGGCCGAACAGCCAAUACAGCAGCCUCCAACAUUCGCUUUCGAGCAACCAGUCAAUAAACGCAGAGCGGCAGAAGGUGUCGAGGAUUCCUCGAAGACCGCCAUCAAACGCGCCCGAGCUUCCCCAUCCGUCGAGCGAAUCCUMACGACUGAUGUACCCACAACUGCAAUCCUCGAUCCAGCGCCCAGCGUGUCAAGUAUCACUACACAGAAACAGACAGCAAUCCUACCCGCUCGAGAAGUCACAGGACAGACCAUUGCCGUUGCGGCUGAUGAAGAGGAUGAUAGCGAUGACAGCGACGCGGGACUUCCAGUUAUUAAUAUGGAGGAAUCGGAUGACGAGUGA